AUGUUGCGGGAAGGAAAAAUUGUUGAACAAGGACAUUUUGAUAAUUUAAUGAAGCAAAAACAGGAUUUACACAACUUAAUCAUUGAGUAUGGUCAACAAUCUACUGAAGAUGAUGAGGAAAUACAAAGUCCAUCUUUAGUAGAAACUUAUGAAAUUGACGAGGCAAAUGUUGACUACCGAAAUGAAGAAAUUUCUCGAAGUCCACGAGAAAGACGGGUUAGUGUUAUGAGUUUACGUCGGCGACCUUCUCUUCUUACUACUGUUACUACUGCUAGUAAAACUGACGCUGAACAUGGAAAGGAUACUCUUAUUCUAAGCGAAGACAUUAUCAAAGGCAAAGUUUCAUGGGAUGAAACUUUGGGGGGUGUAACUACUAUUCGUGCUUAUCAACAAUCGCAAAGAUUCAUUGUUGAAAAUGAGAUUCGAUUGGACGAAAAUCAAAAAGCCUAUUAUCCAUCUUUAUCUUGUAAUAGAUGGUUAGCCAUUCGAUUAGAAUUUUUAGGGUCUUUGAUUAUUUUUAGUGCAUCACUUUUGGCCGUUAUUUCGUCCGUUACCUCCAAUAAUAUUGAUGCUGGACUUGUUGGUUUAUCAUUGUCUUAUGCGCUCAGUGUUACACAGGCCUUGAAUUGGAUGGUUCGGCAAUUUUGUGAAAUAGAGUAUAUUGAUUUACCUAGUGAAGCACCUCCAGUCAUAGAUCAUUAUCGUCCUUCACUCACGUGGCCCCAAAACGGGUUAAUUGAAUAUAAAGAUUAUUCGACUAAGUAUAGACCUGGCCUUGAACUAGUGUUGAAGGGAGUAUCAUUCGUGGUAAAACCAAGAGAAAAAAUUGGAAUAGUUGGAAGAACAGGAGCUGGAAAGUCUAGUUUGACACUAAGUUUAUUCAGAUUAAUAGAGGCGGCUGGUGGUGCUAUUAUUGUGGAUGGUAUGGAUAUAUCAAGAAUCGGGUUAUAUGAUCUUCGUUCACGCCUUACCAUCAUACCUCAAGAUCCAACUCUCUUUGAAGGAACAGUCCUAUUUAAUCUUGAUCCAUUCUCAACACGCGACGAUGUGGAGAUUUGGCAAGCUCUUCAAAGUGCACAUUUGAAAGAUUACGUUUCUCAAUUAGAUGGUAAAUUACAUGCUAAAGUUAUAGAGGCUACUGCAAGCGUUGAUGUUGAAACGGAUGCUAAAAUACAAAAAACUAUUCGAACUGAAUUUAAUUGGGCAACAUUAUUAUGUAUUGCUCAUAGACUAAGAACAAUAAUAGACUACGAUAGGGUAAUGGCAGAAUUUGAUACACCAUACAAUUUGCUUCAAAAUAAAAACAGUGUGUUCCGACAUUUAUGUGAAGAAAGCAAUGAAUUUGAAUAUUUAAUGGAUCUUGCUUCAAAAAGAGUUCAUGCCACUAA